AUGUUUGUUGAUCUAGAUGAUCGCAUCCGCCAGGAUCUUCUGUUCCGCCUGCGCUGGAACAUCUCGGCCACCUUAGAGCAUAUCGAAAUCACAAUUGGUCCCCACGAUCAGACCACAAACGUUUUGUUCCUCGGCCAUCCUCUUGCGGACGAGUCCCUUGCCGAUCCACCGCUGAGUCGCAUCCAGGUGGGUAUUGAUGUCUGUGAAGACAAAUACGCAGAGGAGCAGCGAUAUCUCGACAAGGGCAUGAACUACCCGUAUCAAUACCAGCCACCAGCCCGCCUGACAAUCGACAAUGAGGAUGGGAGCCCAAUCACGUUGGGUCAGUUUGUUGCUCAAACCCACGCAUACCUGAACUACAACAGGGAAGCGAUUAUAAAGGUCAUAAGUGAAACAUAUGGGGAGGUGUUCAAGCAAGCUGAUGGUAGUGUGCGUCGAGUGAUGACCUGCGGACACCCGGUGACUCUGCCUAAAGAUAUUGGAAUCUAUGUCUCGCGAAUCUGGGUUGUGGCUAAGAAUGACGAGGUUUCAUUCAGUGUGUGUUUGCAUGCCGAGGGCGAGGCCGGGAGGCUUCUUAAACAGCUUUGGGCGGGUCGGUUGACUCAAGUUCUCUGGCAUGAGCAAAAGCGUCAGGCCUAG